GUAUUCGUGACAGACAACGAUCGCCAACAAGUGUUGGCGUUGCUGCCCAGGAUUCCAGAGACCUCACUAGCACAGGUCAUUCGUACAUUUGACGUUAAGAUAGAUGACCCUCAGAUAACGCAGAAUCUCGCCCAAAAGGCUACAGAGCUCUUCAGGGAGGAUCCGAAAUUGGGCCUGCGCUUCGCGAUGCAGUACAAUCUGGGCAAGGACAUUGACAUGCCCAUACUCGUCGCAGCAUUGAUCCAGAAUCAGGAAACCUCUGUACUUCAGAAGCUGUUUCGUAAACCGACUGAUGUAGAGCCUGUUCUUCAGUACCUAGAACGAGAAUGUGAGAUACUGGUCGAGCGCAGAGAGACAAAAGGCGGGAAACACACGCAUAUGAUCAAUUUCAUCAAGAAGAUCAACAAAACACAAAUCGGUGGCGGACUCACAAAGCGGCAUGUGGAGAAUGGGGAGUUCAAAAACAUGUUCCUGCUGAUGGACAUGGCCAUGCUCAACUUCAUGUUCUUCAGUCGCAUGAAGCAGACAGGCGACAUAGCCAACUGGAACGAGCUACUGGUCUUGUUUGGGAAGGCCCACGAGCUGUUUCAGUAUGACAUCUUCGAGCGCACGAAACAGCACUUCCCUUCAAAGCAAUGGUUCAGAACUCAAUUUGGCGCCAAAAGUUACUUCAACACGUUGUGCGGCGGAGGCUCGCCCUACCUCGCACCGGAAGAGCCUUAUAAUCUAGCAAAGGACAGGAAAGCAGUACCCGAGGCGUUCCUGACCCUCUCCCAGGUGGGUACAAUGCCUCUGCAACUAUACAUGGUGUCCACCCAAGAGGAACUCGAUGCGUGUUUAACAACGCUUACAGCCGACAGCACGUUUGUAGGCAUGGACUUUGAAUGGCGACCCAGACUAUUCACAAUCGACACCGACCGAUGCGCGCUGUGGCAGUUGGCUACGGACGAUCUAUGCUUCUUUAUCGACAUGGUAAAGCUGCCAACAACCGCCAUACAGCAGUUUGCAGCCAAAUUGCUUAGUGCCCCCAACGUGACCCUCAUUGGCUACGGAUUGAGUGGUGACAGUGCGAUGCUUAAAACGGCCACAGGCGACGCCUCAAUCAAUCUAAGCAAUGUGCACGAUGUGCAGACAAUGGGGAAACAACUGGUGGAGUUUUCGCCGGAGUAUGAUUUGAAGGGUGGGCUUAGCGGUGCUUGUAAAUUCUGGUUUGGCAAUGCCCUGGACAAGCGCAAUCAGAUGUCUGAUUGGGAGAGACGACCUCUCAGGAAAAGUCAAGAGGAGUACGCUGCUCUUGAUGCGAAAUGCCUUCUGCCCAUGUACCGGAAAGUCAAAGCCAAAAUCACGGAACUACAAUUGACGAAAAAUACAGGUAAAAUCUCCGUAACUUCCGACGUAAAAACGGGGCAGAACAAAUCUUCGAACCCAAAUGGAGAGAAAAAUAACUCUCAAUCAAAAUCAAAGCGGCCAAGGAAAAGGCAGCCCAAGAAGAAGGCUCUAGAGACUUGUAAGGUACAACCGGGCACCAAGAGGUGACAUCUAAGACAACUAGACGUAUCGCAAGCGGAUAUAAAGAAUUAGUUAGCUGACUAGUAAUGCG